UAGACAGUAUACGUUAUCACCUUCUCCGGGGAGAGGUUAACCAGGUACUUACAGCCAUCGUAAGUUUCACACCAAAAGUAAAACAAAGUGUGUAUGGUGAAACCCAAUCGAUAAAAAAAUCAUAUAAGGUCAGGUUGUCUCCAUAAAUGCAGUGAUUUUUAUAUACAUACCAAAGCGUUACCGAAGAAACUGACGACAGGACUCCGCCUGCUUUACCCAUUGCUAAUGGAGGAUCUCGUUUGUGUUGGCUGGCGAUGACGGGAGCCAUUGACACCGACCGUACUUACCGAGGCAAACCAUUGUGACGUAGUCUCCUGCUCGGGUUUCGCUCUUGGUGUCCAUGGAAGUUACCAAAAUCGACGGCAGAAUACGCUUUUGUGCUUUUGAGACCUAUGACGGCCUCCGUCGGCACUACAUCUGCGGUCACCACGAGUACUGCUGUGCCCUGGGAUGUUGUGUCUCCACAGCCUUCUCCUUCUAUCAGCUGUGGUAUUUCUGGCUGCUACUCCUACUGAUCAUCUUGAUAUGCUCGGGAGGUGGUUGGUGGUUCCGAUGGCGGCAUGGGGCGCUGAGCAGCACGACAGCUCCCACUCCCGUCCACUCACGGAGGCACCCACGUCUAAGUCGUACUCAUGGCCCUAGAGCGCCCAGAGUAUACCCACAUUCGCACUAUUAUUCCAGCGGCUCUAGUUAUGACACUUAUUCCCUGCCUCCAGGUUAUGAUAAAGAUCCGCCUUCAUACAAUGAAGUUAUCACGCACCUUAGCCAGUUUCCUCCUGCGUCUGUGUCACGGCAGGAAGAUACCGAGCUCAGCAGCAGUGGUGCUGCUGCCUCCACCUCAUCCACCGUUCCAAAGCACUGUGAUGACCCACUUCUCUCUCUGCCUCCACCGAGUUAUGAGAUGGUUUUGGAUUUGAAAAGAAAGGAAGUUCAGUUGGAAACAGAGAUAGCCGAGGAAGAACGACGGGAACGCGUACGGACUACGAGAGGAAGGAUACAAAAUAUUUUUGGACGCACCAAGAGAAAGAAGCAACGACAUGAAGAACCUCCACCGUCAGCAGCCUCCUUUCCAGCGUCUUCACCCUCGUCACUGUCAUCUGGCCUCUUCACCAUCAGCAGCGAGAGUCUACCUUCGGCUGACUAUUAUGCUCAGGCUUCAACAUCUAAUGGGCAGAGUUACCACCCAGUGCCUUCAAGACUUGUAACCUCACCCUCAGAUUCUGAGUCUUCACACUCAGACUACUCGUCCAAUUUCCUGCCAACACCGACUUCUAGCAGGUCACCCUCUGUUUCCUCAGCGGAUUCUCCUGCGAACUAUAACUCGACAGCGCCUCCACAGCUUGAUAUCACAUCUGCUGAAGGCGGGAAUGCAGAGGAAUUAAUUUCUGUGAGCCGAGGAUUAGCUUCAAGGCCAUGCACAGGUCGAUCUGUGUUGGCGCGACCAACAACCUCUAUCAGCACAAGGUCUCUGCCUCCACCGCCACAACUGCAGAGGAAAACCAGCCUACCUGGGGCGCUGUUAGAGUCCGAAGAUGAGGAGAAAGAAGAUUAGUAAUGCUGUUGUCAUUGUUGAUGGAUAACGGUGAAAACCAAAUUGCUAGCACUUUGGUGUCUGUAAGUUAUAUUGGUAGUUAUUGCAAUGGCCAUGAGUAGUGUGGUGUUUGGUAAUUAUAUAGGCUUGUAGAUUUCAUGUUGGUAGCUCUCAUUAUUAUUAUUGUUAUUAUUAUUAUUAUUAUUAUUAUUAUUAUUAUUAUUACUAUUAUUAUUAUUUGCAAACACCACAUCCUGAUUUCGGUGAUUAAACAUCAAGGAUAUAA